AUGGAGAGACAACGGCGAUCAAAAUCACGAGACUACGUUUGGUUUGCUUUUUAUUUGUCCGUGCUGCUGAUCUCUGGAAAACAGGCUCAGGCUGAACUGAGGUACUCGAUUCCUGAGGAGAUGAAAGAAGGAACUGUGGUUGGAAAUGUUGCUAAGGAUCUUGGUCUGGACAAAUCCUCUUUGACUGAUCGGCGAUUCCGUGUUGUGUCUGGAGCUAAAGACGCUUUUUUCGUGGUAAACCCGGACAAUGGUGCCUUACAGAUCAGUAAGAAAAUCGACAGAGAGGAGCUGUGUGAGGGGAGUAGUGCAUGCUUAAUAGAGCUGAAAAUCGUUGUUGAGAACCCGUUAGAAAUCCACUAUGUUGUUGUUGAAAUAACCGAUGUCAAUGAUCAUAGUCCAAGUUUUCCCGAAAGGAUACAGAAAUUCAAUAUAGCAGAACACGCAUCUCCGGGAACACGGUUUCAGUUACACGCGGCCCGUGAUCCUGAUGCUGGAGUGAACUCUAUCCGCACAUACACAAUAACCACAAAUAAUCACUUCGACAUAGAUAUCAGUCAAAUUGAUGAUGAUAUGAUUCCAUUUUUGGUACUGAAGAAAUCUUUAGACAGAGAGCAAAAGAAAGAACACACAUUUACUGUAACAGCAGUUGAUGGAGGUAAACCUCAAAGAUCAGGCACACUAAAUGUUUCUGUUGUUGUUCUUGACAGUAAUGACAAUCGUCCGAUGUUCAGUCGGGAUACAUAUCAAAUAGAAAUAUAUGAGAAUACAGCAGUUGGCACUACAGUAACAAAAGUAAAUGCGAUGGAUCCGGAUGAGGGGACAAAUGGCGAAAUUUACUAUAGCCUCAGCAAAGCUUUGACACGUAAGGUUUACGACAUAUUUGAACUGGAUGGUUUAAGUGGGACAAUAAUUUUGAAAGGAGCGUUGAACUUUGAGGACACUGAGAAUUAUAAACUUGACAUCGAGGCGUCGGACAAAGGAACACCUCCAUUAACAAGUCGUUGCAGAGUUAUUAUUAAAAUCAAAGACAUCAAUGAUAAUCCACCUGAUAUCGAAGUCACAUCACUGUCAAACACAGUGUCUGAAGAUUCAAAACCUGGAACAAUUAUUUCACUCAUUAGCGUGAUGGAUAAAGACUCUGGUGUUAAUGGAAAAAUGAUCACAACCAUUAGUAAUGACGUUCCGUUUGAAUUGAAACCUUCAUAUAAGGAAAACACUUACUCCGUUGUCACAAAAGAAUCUUUGGACAGAGAGCAGGUGUCACAUUAUGACAUCAUAAUAAAAGCCACCGACUGUGGUGACCCUCCAUUAUCAACAUUUAAAACUCUCAGCAUUCAGAUAUCAGAUGUCAAUGACAACAGUCCACAUUUUCAACAAAACCCAUUACACUUUUAUCUGGUAGAAAAUAAUCUUGCUGGAGCCUCAAUAUUCUCUGUCAGCGCCACAGACAAUGAUAUCAAUGACAAUGCAGCCAUUUCAUAUCAUAUUGUGAGAGAAGGGACUCAGAAUGACAUCACAUCUUUCAUCAAUGUCAACUCUGAAAAUGGACACAUCACUGCGCUGAAAAGUUUCGACUUUGAAACAGUGAAAACGUUCACGUUCACUGUUGUGGCCACAGAUUCUGGAACUCCAUCUCUGAGCAACAACGUCACAGUCAACGUCUUCAUUCUGGAUCAGAACGACAACGCUCCAGUCAUCCUCUAUCCACUCAGCUCCAACGGCUCUGCUGAAGGUGUGGAGGAGAUUCCACGCAAUGUCAACGCAGGACACUUGGUCACCAAAGUCAGAGCCUAUGACGCUGAUAUAGGAUAUAACGGCUGGUUGCUCUUCUCACUGCAACAAGUCACUGAGCACAGUCUCUUUGCUCUGGACCGAUACACAGGACAGAUCAGAACACUUCGCUCAUUCACAGAGACAGACGAGGCUGAGCAUAAACUCAUCAUACUGGUCAAAGACAAUGGCAACGUUUCCCUCUCUGCUACAGCUACUGUCAUUGUCAAAGUGGUGGAGCCCAAAGAGGCUUUCGCUGCCUCUGAUGUCAAAAGUGCAACAAACGAUGACGAGGACAGUAAUGUGACUUUUUAUCUCAUGAUCACUCUGGCCUCAGUGUCUGCGCUCUUCAUCAUCAGCAUCAUCGUGCUGAUUGCAAUGCAGUGCUCCAAAUCCACUGACUAUACUUCCAAAUAUCUCCAAGAGACCAAUUAUGACGGGACACUGUGUCACAGCAUCCAGUACAGAUCUGGAGACAAACGCUACAUGUUGGUGGGACCCAGAAUGAGUAUAGGAUCUACUAUAGUCCCGGGCAGCCAUGCCAACACACUAGUGCUCCCUGACAGGAGGAGGGGCUCCACUGAGGUAAGAUGUGCUUCAGUGUUCCUUUCAGGCCAGUGCUAA